AUGCUCGGACCGCAGGCCACUGUACUGCGCUCAUGGGUGGAGCUCAGAGACGCUGUAUCCCGGCUUGCUGCAGCAUUAUUCCUGGGUGUCAGGGUCAGCGUGGAGGCUUUGCCCACCACCAUAACAGGGGCUCUUUCUCUAUCCUUCUUCCCACCUUUGUCCCGAUUCACCGUUGGGCUCAUCGAGGGAAGCGGUGGGUCUGCUGACAUCAACGGUCUAAUAGAAUGGAAGAGAUACAUGGAGGGAGUGAAGGCAGAACUUUUGGAGGACAUGAGCUCACAUCUGAGAAUUCUCCUGGAUAAAGCUGCAUCAGAAGCCGUGGAGUCCUACAAAAGAGAGAAUAAGACUGUAACAUCUGAUAUAAAUAAGAAACCCCAUGGGCCAGUAACUGAAAGAAAGAAGAUUUUUCUGCAUCGGGCAUCACUGCUGGAUGAUUUAAUGGAGGUUGAGCAUUUCCGAACGAUCUACCACAUGUUUGUAGCUGUCCUCUGUGUAUUUUUGAUCAGCACAGUUGCUGUGGAUAUUAUUGACCAGGGCAGGUUAAUUCUGGAGUUUGAUGUUCUGUUUUAUACAUUUGGGCAGUUUGGGACUGUGGUUUGGUCAUGGAUCUGCAUGUUCUUAUACACCCUCUUGGUGCCAUACAAAGUGUUGUCUUUCUGGGGCUCCUUGUAUCCAAAGUCAAAGCACAAGCUUCUGCUAUCUAUCUGUGUGGGGACAUUCCUGCUUGUGAGCCAGACAUGUGUUCUGUGUGUUUACCCCGUCUACGUUGUAAUACAUUACCAUCUGCCUCCAGCAUCGAGCUUCGUUGUCCUCCUGGAACAGGUUCGCUUCUUGAUGAAAAGUUAUUCUUUUCUUAGAGAGACAGUCCCAAUAGUGCUACAGGAUGAAAGUAAAGAGAAAUAUGCCAAGAUACCUGCACUUUCCAGUUAUCUUUACUUUCUCUUCUGUCCAACACUGGUUUACAGAGAGAGUUAUCCCAGAACACCGUAUAUUAGGUGGAAUUUUGUGGCCAAGAAUUUUGCCCAGUUCCUGGGCUGUCUGUUUUUUGGGUACUUUAUCUUGGUUACCCUGUGCAUCCCAGUAUUCAAAAACAUGAGCAAGCAGCCCUUCAGUACAAAGACCUUGGUCCUCUCCAUCUUCCAUGCCACUCUGCCUGGCAUCUUUAUGCUGCUAAUCUCAUUCUUUGCAUUUCUGCACUGUUGGUCAAACGCCUUUGCUGAGAUGCUUCGCUUUGCAGAUCGCAUGUUUUAUAAGGACUGGUGGAAUUCCAAAUCCUUCUCUAACUACUACCGCACGUGGAAUGUGGUUGUCCAUGACUGGUUGUAUUAUUACAUGUACCAGGAUCUGCUAUGGCUAUUCAAGAAGCAUAAUCGAACAGGAGUGAUGUUGGCUGUUUUCCUCCUCUCCGCCUCUGUACAUGAAUAUGUUUUCACAUUGUCUCUUGGUUACUUUUACCCCGUCAUGUUUUGCCUUUUUGCUAUUUUUGGAGUAUUAUUUAAUUUUUUGAUUAAUGAUAAACGGACCAGUCCAGUAUGGAAUGUGAUGGUUUGGACCUUCCUCUUCAUUGGUCAGGGAAUCCAGCUAUGCUUAUACUGUCAGGAGUGGUACGCUCAGAUCCACUGCCCCCUCACAGAGAAAACAUUCUGGGGACUGGUCACCCCGCGCUCAUGGUCAUGUCGUUUGUGAUUGGAAAGAUUGAAGGAGCUGCUAAGAAUGAUGUAAUGUGCACUAUCCUUCUCUAUCUCAAGCACAACCUGCUCUAAUAACUUGUAUUUCCAUAUGUAGAAAACUCGUACUCCAAUUACAAAUCUGAGAGGCCAAAAAUGUGACAUUACACUACAUAUUUUUCCCAUGUUUAUGGCUUUGUAGAAAGUGUAUUAUUUAA